CACACGUGUGUUUACGAACAUGCAGUACUGAUAGUGUGUCAUGUUGUCACAAUUAUAUGUUUGAGGUUUAUUCAACUCUAAACUCAGGUUUGUUUUUUUAUAGAUAAAGUUACAUAUAGACUUUGCGCGUUAUCACCUGUAUUAUAACCAGCCUGUAGAGUUUAUUCAGGCAUCUCAGCACAAUCGCUUUCAGACAUGGAUCUGAUCAGAACUAUUGAUGAUGAUGAAGAUGUCCCAGAAGAGCCGGAUUCAGGAUCUGAUGAUGAAGCUGAUCAGCCCAUCGUGUUGAAGAGUAAAGAGAAGCAGGCUCUGAAGGCCCGCGGCUCUGGACACUUCACUGCAGACUUUGAGUUUGGCGAGCGCGACGGCCUGUACAGCGCUGACUGGGCCAUGGCGGAUGUGAUGGCGCAACUGAAGAAGAGGAAAGCACCCACAACCUUGGAUGAGAAGAUUGAGAAAGUGCGGAAAAAGCGCAAAACUGAGGAGAAAAGUCAAAAGGAAAACAAGAACACAGAAACUUCAGCCUCUAAAAAACAUGAUGACAAAGAUGAUGACGAAGAGGAGGAGGAGGAGGAUGAUGAGGAGGACGAGGAUGAUGAUGUGGAUGACAAUGAUGUGGAUGAUGAAGAUGAGUUCUCAUCAGCUGAUGAAGAGGUGCUCAAAAAAGCAGACACUUUAAGAGAAAAGCAGAAGAAAGGAAAGAGGAAAACGGCAGACACAACUGAGGGAUUUUUUGAAGAUGCGUCUCAGUAUGAUGAGAAUCUCACCUUCCAGGACAUGAAUCUGUCCAGACCUUUGCUGAAGGCCAUCUCUACUAUGGGUUUCAAGCAGCCCACUCCUAUCCAGAAAGCCUGUGUUCCUGUGGGUCUUCUGGGUAAAGAUAUCUGCGCAUGUGCUGCGACCGGCACCGGAAAAACAGCGGCCUUCAUGUUGCCGGUUCUGGAGCGUCUGAUCUAUAAGCCGCGGGAGACUCAGGUCACGCGUGUGCUGGUUCUGGUGCCCACCAGAGAGUUGGGUAUCCAGGUACACACGGUUGCCCGUCAGCUGGCGCAGUUCACCACCAUCAGCACAUGCCUGGCAGUCGGUGGUCUGGAUCUGAAGUCUCAGGAGGCAGCUCUGAGAGCAGGACCGGACGUCCUGAUCGCCACACCUGGACGACUGAUCGACCACCUGCACAACACUCCAUCAUUCGAGCUCAGCCAGAUCGAGAUCCUCAUCCUGGAUGAGGCCGACAGGAUGCUGGACGAGUACUUUGAGGAGCAGAUGAAGGAGAUCAUCCGGAUGUGUGCCUAUCAGAGACAGACCAUGCUGUUCUCAGCCACCAUGAGUGAAGAGGUGAAGGAUCUGGCAUCCGUGUCUCUUAAACAGCCAGUCAGGAUCUUCGUGAACAGUAACACAGACGUGGCGCCGUAUCUCAGGCAAGAAUUUGUAAGGAUCAGACCCAAUAAAGAAGGAGACCGGGAGGCUAUUGUUGCAGCUCUCCUCACCAGAACCUUCCAGGAUCACGUGAUGCUCUUUACGCAGACAAAGAAACAGGCUCAUCGCAUGCACAUCCUGCUGGGGCUGAUGGGACUGAAGGUCGGAGAGCUUCACGGAAACCUGUCGCAGACGCAGAGAUUGGAGAGUCUGAGGCGCUUCAAGGAUGAGCAGAUUGAUAUUUUAGUGGCCACAGAUGUUGCUGCCAGAGGUCUGGAUAUAGAGGGAGUCAAAACUGUGAUAAAUUUCACGAUGCCCAACACAGUGAAGCAUUACGUCCACAGAGUGGGCCGAACGGCUCGAGCAGGAAAAGUGGGCCGCUCUGUGUCUCUGGUGGGGGAAACCGAGAGGAAGAUGCUGAAGGAGAUUGUUAAAAAAGCCAAAUUCCCCGUCAAAGCUCGGGUCAUUCCUCAAGAGGUGAUCCUGAAGUUUCGGGAUCUGAUUGAGAAGCUGGAGAAGGACGUGUACGCUGUGUUGUGCUUGGAGAAGGAGGAAAAGGAAAUGGCUCAUUCAGAGGCGCAGAUCAGCUCCGCUCAGAAGAGAUUAACAAAGAGCGAAGAUGAGAAGCAGCUGCCGAGGACAUGGUUUCAGACCAAUGAGGAGAGGAAGAAGGAUCGCAUGGCAAAAGCUCUGCAGGACUUUGAUUUGGCUCUGAGAGGAAAGAAAAAGCGUGCGCAGUUCCUGAAGCAGGGCAAGAGGAAAGAGUUAACCGCUGAAGAGCGAGCUCAGUUCGAGGUGCUGAAAUCUCAGAUGUUUGCUGAACGAGCUGCCAAACGUGAACGCAAGCAGAAGAGAGCCAGAGCCAUUCCUGAAGACCAACCCGACAAGAAAGCUUUGAAGAAGAACGCUGGUAAAGCUGGCAAGAAGUCUGUGUUUGACAAGGAGCUCACAAACACCAGCAAGAAAACCCUGAAGCAGUACAGAGCCGGACCUUCCUUCGAGGACCGCAAGAGACUCGGGCUUCCCAACAAGAAAGGAGGACGAUUCAAGUCAAAAACCAAGUUCAAAAGAAAGUGAAGCAUUGACUGAUGUAAAGAAGAAUAACUUCAACAGAUCAUCUUUAUCCUUUUAUUAUAUCCUCACCCACAAACCCAAGUUCUAAAACUUUGAAUAAAACUCUACAACUGAA